AACCACAGAACACCCUAUCUAUACAGAAGCGCAUCUGAAGCGUUUCCGCUAAAUCGCAAGCUUGGCUUGUAUAUUGUCAACCUCACAUUAGUCAUUUGUGUAAGUGAGGUUAGGUCUUAGAACAGUAACAAUAAUACACUCAACUAUCAACAACUAAGGAUGGCUAGCUACCGAGGUGGAAGUGUUUGUGCCUAUCGAGGAUGCGACUCUAAAUCAAGGAAUAGGACGACGUCUCUCUUUAGAUUUCCUAAAGAUAUUGAAAGAGCCAAAGAUUGGUUGAGAGCUUGCAAUCGAGAAGAUUUAUUGGGCAAAUCAUCAGAAACUCUUUAUGGCCAUUAUCGUUUGUGUGAACUUCAUUUUGAGAGUAACAUGUUUUUGAAUAAAUCCCAGUUGAAGAAAUAUUUGAUUCCUCAAGCAGUCCCAACAGUUUUUGGCCAUAACUUCAAACGAAAAGCUGGUGUUCUAGAAGAAGAAGCUGUUAAGCCUGUGAAAGUUAAUAUUUCAUCAGACAUUCAAAUAGUUCCACCAACUUCGUAUUUGAAUCAACCAUCCACAUCAGGGCAACUAUCCGUAGGCUGUGGAACCUUUGAGAUGGAAGAAUCACCAUGCUCAAAUAUGUCAGAGAAUCUACUUAUAAAAGUUGAUGAGCCAGAGGAAACUCCUAGCUGCAUGAUGUCCCCUUCUGCAAUGACUCAAACUCCAGCUUCUUUGAGUUCACAGACUCCACGGAAGCAGAAACUCAGACAGACAUUGAAGAACAUGAAGAAGAAAAAUGCUGCCAGAGAAGCUUUGGAUACAAAGAAAAAGUUCUCUCUUGAUGAUUUUGACAAAAUUUGUGACCAAUUUCUAUCUCAAAAUCUUGCUGAUAUUGUGAAAAUACAGGCUAGGCUGGAGUCAACGAAGGCAAAGGGAAGGAGAUAUACUGCAGAGUAUAAG